AGAAAUACAUCGCCCGUAAAGCCCGUACCUAAUCUGACACUUCUCCCUCCAGCCCUAGAGCUCGCCUACGUAUCCCAUGCGAUCGUGCAUGCGCCUAGGGAGGUUAUUGUGAGGGAGAUGAUUCCUGCUGUUGGUGGUUCGUCGGAGCGAGUGUUUACUUUCAUUUGGGCGUGAGGGUAGUAGUGGUGGGUGGGGUGGGCAGUAAGGCGAGUGAGGUUAAGAAAGGAAAUAAUAAGAAGCUGGAGUCACGCGGUGGGUAUUGGGAGGAUGUCUGUUUUGCGCGGUUUUUGGAGGGCGUGUGUUGAUGGUUUGUGGCGUAUCUGGUACGUUUUUUGUGUCAGGCUUUUUCCGUUGGGAUUAGCAUGUUCGAACGUGCUCAUUCUUGGCGAUGGCACAGCUUGCCUCACUGACUUCGGUCUGUCCCUUGUGUACUCCGAAGUCAUGAGCCCCUCUCUGGCUUCCUGGACCUCGACAUUCAACGGCAAAUUUCGGUGGCUGGCUCCCGAGCUACUUGGAGAGCCGGAUAAUGAACUGCCAAUACGGCCAAGCGAGUGCAGUGACAUCUAUUCCUUUGGUGGUAUUAUGUUACAGGUCCUGACCAGCAGAGUGCCCUACUAUUACCUAAGGGACGCUGCGGUCAUUCAACACAUAGGCAAUGGGGCCAAGCCUAUGCGAUCACGUUACCCUGCGUUCUCUGAUAACUACUGGCAUUUUAUUGAAGAAUGCUGGUCAACUGCACCUCAGGAUCGUCCAUUGGCCGAAAAAGUUGUCAGGAUGAUCAGGGAUGAACUGGACUCGCUGUCCCGUUCUUAACUUAACUUGUAUACCACAUGUUGUCGAUGUUGCGUUAUGGUAGGCCUGGACAAUGGCCACACCUUCCAGCAUAGCACCAUCAAAAAUCUGCAACCCCUAGUAUUGCCACUGCACAGUCUUAGGACCGCUAGCUUUACCGCCCUCAAAGUUUGAAGUGUCGUUGUUAGAUGUAAUU